AUGUCCCUCUACCACGAAACGGCGGCCAUUGUCACCGGCCCCUCCACGCAUGGCGGCAGCCUCAAGUCCAAGAUAUACGGCAACAAGGACCUCAAAUCGCCACCAGCACAGGUAUACGCCCUGGCCUUUGAGGCAAGCAAGUGGAGUGGCGUCUUGAAGGAGGUAGUUGAGAAUGCACAGCUGCUGCAGAGCGAGCGCAAGCUCACACCUGCCCUCUCCAUCUUGCUCGUGCACGACCUGCUGCUUGCCAAGAAGGGCAUCGCGCUCCCGGCCUCUCAUGGCUUGCGUGCCGCCGUCGAGAGGCACAAGGCGAGGCUGCAGUCCGAGUUCACCAGGGCCAGGAUACGGAGGAAGUGCCCCACGCUCGAAGCGCUGAAGGCGAUGGUCGACGCGCAGCUGGGGCCGGUUCACCCGCGCUGGAUCAGGGUCAACGCGCUCAAAAGCACGAUCGACGAGCAGCUGGACACCACCUUCAAGGGGUUCGAGAUGGUCCCAUCCGUCGAGGAGGUCAUCGCAUCUGCGUCGACGGGGAAGAGGGUAAUCUGUCUCGACGGCCACGUGCCAAACCUCAUCGCCGCCUCCCCGGGGAUCGACUUCACAAAGACCGAAGCCUACAAGGAGGGCAAGAUCAUCCUGCAGGACAAGGCCUCCUGCUUCCCGGCCUACCUGCUCGACCCGCGGCCCGAAGACGGCGACAUCAUCGACGCGUGCAGCGCGCCGGGGAACAAGACGACCCACCUGGCCGGCAUCCUGUACGAGCGGGGAGGCUUCGCCGACGGCCAGCGGAUCCUCGCGUUCGAGAAGGACGAGCAGCGCGCCAAGACGCUCGCCAACAUGCUGAAGGCGGCCGGCUCGGACGCCGUCACCGUCGUCCACGCGGGCCGCGACUUCCUCAAGACCGACCCCCACGCGCCCGAGUUCCGCCGCGUCGGCGCCCUCCUGCUCGACCCGUCCUGCUCCGGCAGCGGCAUCGUCGGCCGCGACGAUGCCCCGGAGUUCCACCUGCCAUCCGCGCCGCCCACCCCAACAGCCGGUUCAAGCAAAACCAGCAGCAGCAGCGGCGGCGGCGGAGGCGGCGGCGCCCAACCCCCCAACCGCAAACGAAAGCGCCACGAAGCAACCACCGCCACCGCCGCCGACACCAAUGCCACCACCAAUGAAGAAGAAACCGCAACCACCUCCGACUCCCCCUCCUCGCCACCAAACCCAGCCCUAGAAACCCGCCUCGCCUCCCUGGCCGCCUUCCAGCUCUCCAUCGUGCUGCACGCGCUCUCCUUCCCCGCCGCGCGCAAGGUGACCUACUCGACCUGCUCGGUGCACGCGGCCGAGAACGAGCAGGUGGUGCGCGCGGCGCUGGCGUCGCCCGUCGCGCGCAGCCGCGGCUGGCGCCUGCUCCGCCGCGCCGAGCAGGUCCGUGGCUUGCGGGACUGGCCUGUUCGCGGGGACCGGCGGGCCUGUCGGACGGAGGCGGAGGAGAUUGCGGAGGCGUGUGUGCGGGCUGAGAAGGGGGAUGGGAAGGGGGUGAUGGGGUUUUUUGUUGUUUGUUUUGUUAGGGAUCGUGUUGGGGGUGAUGGGGCGGUGGGGGAGGGAGGAGGUACGGAUUGGGAUGAGGAUGGGGAUGGCCCGUACGUGAGGGACGCCCAGGGGAGGAUUGUCCGGGAUGAAAACGGGAUUCCGACGCUGAAGAGCACUGGGAGGAAGGUAAUCGAGUGGGACUCCAUGGCGGAUGAGGAAGAGAGUGAGUCAGUGGAGCUGAGAUUUGGAGAGGACGACGACGACGAAGACGGGCCGUUUGAGAGGGACGCGGAGGGGCGGAUUGUGAGAGGGGUGGAUGGGAUGCCGCGGUUGAAGCGGGCGAGGGUGAGUCGCGACGGCGACGAGGAGCAGGAGGAGGAGGAAGAUAACGAAUGGGGGGGAUUUGACGAUUAG